CCCAGACCAGUCAGCACAAGAAGCUGAACUCAUUGCCCUCACUGAAGCCUGCCUCAUGGCAAAAGACUCUACCGCCAAUAUCUACACAGAUUCUAGAUAUGCCUUUGGAGUGGUUCAUGACUUUGGACUAAUAUGGAGGGCCCGGGAUUACAUCACAGCUGCAGGAACCCCGAUUAAGAAUGCUGCAGCAGUAGCAGCCCUGAUGGCAGCAGUACUCCUGCCCAACCAAGUGGCAGUGAUCAAAGUAAAGGCCCAUACUCGAGCUGACACCCCUGAGGCCAGAGGGAACGCCCUAGCUGACCAAGCGGCCAAGGAAGCAGCAGUGAAAGAGGAAAGAGUCCAGUCAGACCAGAUUAUGAUAACACAAGAAGAAAUCACAUGGGACCUCCUGAAACAAAUGCAGAAACAGGCCACUCUCAGGGAAAAGGAAAUCUGGCUGAAAGAAUCAGCCCUCGAAGAAGAAUCUGGACUCUGGACACAAGGAAAGAGAGUCUGCCUACCCAGAGCUCUUUAUCCCCUAAUAGCCUCAGUGGCCCAUGGGCCCACCCACCAAUCCAAAACCAUCAUGAAAGAACUAAUUGACAAAAUAUGGGUGGCCCCAGGGAUAACCCCUGUCCUGGUGAGACAUACUCAAGCGUGUCUCAUCUGUGCAGAGUGUAACCCCGGCAGAACCGAGCCCACUCCCAGAAAAUGUCUCCCGAAAGCCUUAUAUCCCUUUCAGAGGAUACAAAUCGAUCAUAUCCAGAUGCCAAUGUGCCAAGGGUUUCAAUAUGUGCUAGUAGUGAUAGACUUGUUCUCUGGGUGGCCAGAAGCCUACCCCGUCCGAAACCAGACAGCAACCACUACUGCAAUAUUCAUCAUAUCUUCACGCAUUUCGAGAAUUCAAAAUUAUUUUAUUGAAUGUGAAAAAUCGGCAAUGCAAAAAUCACGUAAUGCCAAUUCGUAA